AUGUCCUGGAUCGUCGCAAAGGAGAAGCGGCCCGCAUCGACCGCGGCAAACGUGCCGGCCGUGCCUAAGCCGAGCUCAAGUGUUAUGCUCGUGUCGCCGACAAACCAGCUCCUCCUCCUUCAUCGGGUUCAGCGCUCGUCCGCGUUCCCGUCGGCUCACGUGUUCCCGGGCGGCAACCUCAGUAGCUUCCACGAGGUUAUCCCCAGCGAGCAGGAUGUCGGGCGGCACAAUGACGGGUAUGCGUACCGUCUCGCAGCCAUUCGCGAAACGUUUGAGGAGUCGGGCAUCCUGCUUGCCCGCAAGAAGGGGACGCCGCCAGGCGGCCCUCUCCUCAAGCUCAGCGAGGCCGAGAUUGAGGAUGGCCGCAAGGCCGUACACGGGGAUAAGAUCAAGUUUGAGGAGUGGCUGGAUCAGAAGGGCGGCGUGGCCGAGAUUGAAUCUCUCGUGCCCUUCACGCGCUGGAUCACUCCUCCCAAUGUUCCCAAGCGCUUCACGACGCAGAUGUACGUCUACAUGCUGCCUCUGAACUCGGACGCAGUGGGUCACGAUGCUGAGGUGACGGUGCACAACCCAACCCAUGACGGCGGGAUCGAGCACACGGCCGCGGCCUUUGACGACUGCGCCGACUGGCUGAAGCGCGGAAAGAGUGGGGAAAUCAUCAUCUACCCUCCUCAGAUGUACCUCAUCGGCCACCUCGCCGAGCACCUGACAGGGCCUGGCAACUACGGUGCUCAGCGCGACUCGCUCAAGAGCUUCCUGGCCUCAAGCACCACCGGACGGUCAAACCACGCAACAAGCAGCAUCAACUGGGCGGACAAGGUCAUCUCGCCAGUGGGCCGUGGUGUGCACAAGGCGAGUGGGAAGCAGAUUCUCUCGCUCGAGGGGUCUGGUCCCGAACUCCGUGGUUCGGGCCGCGCCGGUGACUUUGACCGUGUCGUGCUCGUCAAGGGCACCAAGGCGGGACCACGCAACGUCGAGGUUGUGUGGCGCGACGACGUCGCUGAAGAUCUCAAGAGCGCCGUCAUGGCGCCCAAGGAUGUUAAGGCCAAGUUGUAG